AUUUAAACGAAAACAGAGUUUUCUUGCUAGCUAUGUCGUUGACAAACGGAUGUUUCGAGAUUUUUUCACCGGAGAGCACAAACUGGAUUUUCCAAGAAGUCAGAGAAGUCACGUGGACGGCUGAGGAAAACAAACGGUUCGAGAAAGCUCUCGUCUUUCUUGAAGACAAAGACAAUCCAGAGAGCUGGUCCAAAAUCGCCGCUUUUAUCCCCGGAAAAACCGUAGGUGACGUCCUUAAACGAUACAAGGAGCUGGAGGAUGACGUCAGCGACAUCGAGGCCGGACUUGUCCCCAUUCCGGGAUAUGGCAGCGACGCCUCCUCUGGAACCAACGGUGAUCACUUCUUUGGGCUUGAGAACUCCGGUUACGGUUACGAUUGCGUCAUCGGAGGGAAGAGGAGUUAUCUGGCGACAAUGGAUUGCUUUAGGCCUCCGAAUCCGAUGCCAGAAAAGGAACGGAAGAAAGGAGUUCCAUGGACCGAGGAAGAACACCGACGAUUUCUGAUGGGUUUGAAGAAAUAUGGAAAAGGAGAUUGGAGAAACAUAGCAAAAAACUUUGUGACGACUCGAACACCGACGCAAGUUGCUUCGCACGCUCAAAAAUAUUUCAUUCGACAACUCACUGAUUGUAAAGACAAACGGCGGUCAAGCAUUCACGAUAUUACAACGGUUAACAUCCCCAACGCAAAUGCAUCAACAAUCGCCACCGCAACACUCUCUCCUACUCCAACCAAUUCGUUUGAUGUUUUCCUUCCUCCAAAGUCUCAUCACAAUUUCGUGUUUACGUCUACAUGUAUC